AUGGCUUUACGAAACAUAUUUGGAAGACGGGGAAGCCCGGCCGUCAUAUUUAGUGACUGUGGUACCAAUUUUCAAGGCGCUUCGAAAGAAUUUAAAACCGCCAUGGAGAACGUAGACCACGAUCGACUGGUGAAGGAAUUCACGUCGGCUCAUACCGAAUGGAAGUUCAAUCCUCCAGCUUCACCGCACAUGGGGGGAGCCUGGGAACGACUCAUCAGAACCUUAAAGAAAAACCUAAACAAUGUUUUGGCAUCGAGAGUAACAUCAGCGGAAGUUCUCGAGAAUGCUCUGACGGAAAUGGAAAAUAUCGUGAAUUCCAGGCCGCUGACAGGCAUUCCGCUUGAGAAUGAUUUUUCUCCAGUAUUAACACCUAACCAUUUUUUGAUUCAAUCUUCAAACGCUAACAUGUUUUGGAAGCAAUGGCUACGGGACUAUCUGCCAACGAUUACUAGACGUACCAAGUGGUUUGCUGCUGUGGAACCAAUCAAAGUCAAUGACCUUGUUGUCGUGGUUGAUCCAAAACUACCCCGUAAUUGCUGGCCUAAGGGAAGAGUGAUCGCAGCCCAAACCGGUUUGGAUGGUCAGGUACGACGAGCAACCGUGCGGACUGGAUAUGGCGGAAUAUAUGAAAGACCGGCAGUGAAGCUCGCUGUACUCGACGUUGGCGUAGGAAAUAAUGCGCCUAGUGCAGAACCUGCGCAUUCCGGGGGGAUUGAUCGCCAUACGCAUAGUGCCAGCGAAUGGACUUACAUGCCAGACCGACGGUUCUUCGAUCACGCCCAUUGCUCAUCUAGAGGAUCGUUAUAA